AUGAGCGGAAUCACCAGCCUAGACAAAUUCUGCCAAACGGCACCAGUACCGCUAUGUGCCCUGAUCGGACCCAAGUCGCCCAUCCAGGGCUCCAACGGAAUCCUGCCAACCUGUUACGCACGAAACAUCGACGUCGGUAACACGAUCAUUUUCCAGGGUGCAUCUGAUUUUGCGCACAUUGCCGCAUUGUCCAUGACUGUUAUUAUGAUUUUGCAUGUGCGGUCGAAAUUUACCGCUGUUGGCCGCAAAGAAAUCACCGACUUUUUCUACCUCUACAUGCUCCUGACCGCAUUCUCCCUCGUCGUCGACGCUGGCGUCGUGCCGCCCGGCAGUGGGCCGUUUCCCUGGUUCGUCGCUGUGCAGAACGGUCUCGCUUCAGCAACCUGUACUUGUCUACUGAUCAACGGUUUUGUGGGAUUCCAACUCUACGAAGACGGGACGAAUCUUUCGGUGUGGCUGUUACGAGCCAGCUCGGCAGGCAUGUUUGUUAUCUCGUUCAUCGUCUGUCUCUUCACAUUCAAGGGAUGGGUCGGCUUGGACCCCGCGAAUCCUGUUGGCUUGUUCGUCGUGGUCUACGUGCUGAACGCCAUAUGUCUUGCGCUCUACGUCGGUAUGCAAUUACUCCUCGUCUGGGGUACACUCGACGACAGGUGGCCACUAGGCCACAUUGCUCUUGGCGUGUUUUUCUUCGUUGCUGGUCAAGUCCUGGUCUACGCAUUUAGCGCCACGAUCUGCAACAAGAUACAACACUAUCUCGACGGACUAUUCUUUGGCACAGUCUGCAAUCUCUUCGCUGUCAUGAUGAUUUACAAGUACUGGGACUCGAUCACAAAGGAAGAUCUCGAAUUCUCCGUCGGCGUCAAGUCAAACAACUGGGACGUAAAGGACCUAUACGAAGAAGAUCGCCGUCUCACCAUCUACCCCGACGGCGGCUCUGAGUACGCGCCCAGCACGCACUAUCGCUCGUCGACUUUUGGCGGUAACCAUUCCGGAUAUUGA